UGGCUUUUAGUCAGUGUGGGGACCUCUUUCUGGACCUGACCUGCAGAGCUUGUUGCACAACUAACAUUCUAAUACAUGGUAAUUAAAAAGAGAAAGUCCACUAAACUCUACUUUUGCCUAUUUCUUCUGUCUGCUAUUUUUGGUCCUGUAAGUGAAAGAAGAUGGGGUCUGGCUGCCUAAAAGUCACCAAGUACUUCCUCUUCCUUUUCAACCUCCUGUUCCUUAUUCUGGGUGCUGUGAUCCUGGGGUUUGGAGUAUGGAUUCUGGCCGACAAAACGAGUUUCAUUGCAGUUCUACAGAUGUCGUCUCCCUCCCUGAAGACUGGUGCAUACAUCCUCAUUGGUGUUGGGGCACUUACCAUGCUGAUGGGGUUCCUGGGCUGUCUUGGAGCUGUCAAUGAAAUCCGGUGUCUCUUGGGUCUGUACUUCACCUGCCUGAUGAUAAUCCUCUUAGCUCAGGUUGCUGCUGCACUGGUCAUCUACUUCCAGAAAGAAACGUUGAAAGUUGAGUUGUCUGGCAUAGUUGUAGGUCUGAUUGAAGAGUAUGACCCUUCGAAUGAAGAUAAGAGCAACUUGCGAGAUGCAUGGGACUAUGUGCAGAUACAGAUUGCCUGCUGUGGCUGGACUGGAGCAAAGGAAUGGGAAAAAAAUGAGAUUCUAAGGAACAAAAGCAAUACUGAAUAUCCGUGCUCCUGCUCCAAUAGAUCUAAGGACUUAGUGGAAGGAAGAGGUUUCUGCAGUCUGGAAGACCCUCUCAAUGGCACUGCAACAUAUGCUGACUGGCCUGUUCAUGAGCAGGGAUGCAUGGAUGGUGUAGAGGAGUGGCUGAAGGACAACCUUGGUAUCAUUCUUGGGGUUUGCACUGGUGUUGCUGUUAUAGAGCUGCUGGGGAUGAUACUGGCCAUUUCGCUUUGCAAGAACAUACACAGCGAAGACUACACCAAAGUGCCCAAGUCUUGAGUUGGCUGCUCCAGAGCUACGGCACCGCAGAGAAAGGAGCAAACAGAACAUUCCUGCCCAGACUGUCCAACAACCAUUAUUUCUUUGACAUCCCAUAUCUGAUACCACUCUGCUAAGAACUGUUAGAGCUGCAACACAGCCUGAUCUUCUGUCAAUAGGGCCCUUGGGCCACCUGCAUCCUGCCUCUGGAUUAUUUCUACUUCAAGAAGCAGAACUUAAACUGUCUUGUGUCACACGAGACACUGAUUAACCUGAGGGAACAAUGCUUUUGCUGUCUGCUCCAUGUUAAACAAUACUAUUCAUAUCUUCAUUCUGCAACCCACUGGACCUAACAUACAAUAACUUUUGUUUCCCUGUGCUUUGGUAGCUUCACUUGCUUCACUGACUUGUGGUAACUAGUCAUGCUUUAUAGGCCUUCUCUUCCCUUGCAGUUGACCUGAUUCAGCUCCUACUGUACAUCUUCCAGCCUAGGUUCUGAUCUGAAAUACAGAGAGCUACUGUCACACUCGCUUCUCCUGUUUCUGGAGUCAGCUAUGCCUUGCCUUCAGUGGAGCUCUUCCCUUUGAGCAUGAUGAGAAGCCACCAGGAGGGAGCCAAGCCUACUUGUUUAUUCCUAGUGUGACCUGGCAGAUUGUGGUGGUGGUGCUCAGCUGCUUUUGGAAUGAAUCCCUUGGGUUUUGGAUUUGACACGUUUCCCCCAUUUGCCUCUUUAUCUUCUCCUCUCCCCCUAGCUCUGCUUUGCUGGCUCCUGUCAGCUUGGAGGUUACUUCAGAGACUGCUGCAUACUGUGGACUCAGCCCCAGGCUGGCUCUGCUCUUUGCAUUCUUGGUUUGCCAACUUUAUAGAGAUUACAAUUAAUUUGAUUCUUCCCCUGCUCCUUUAUGAACAUAAAAUUUGUUAGCUGUGGAUUUAGAUAUGAAUAUGGAAAUAUCUGACUGGAUUGCUGAUGCUGUAUAUUGGGAAUAUCACUGGUAUCAGUGCCCAGUAUAGGUUCUGUAGCUGGGAUGUAAAGAUAAAUUGCUUUUAUUUCAGUUGUCCAUUCUUCUGAUUCCACUGUCUGGAGCCAUGGCUGCAUCCUGAGUUCUGCCUCAAGUGCCAGCACAGCAGCAGAUAAGUAGCAGGUUCUGCAGUUGUGCAGGCUGCAGGUUUCUGUGCUAAUGGCUGGGCUGUUUGUUCUAUUGAGCCAGUGGUCAGCAGCAAGGAGUGAUGUAGACCAGAAGAAUGUAGGAAAUGCACAAGAAGCACUGCCCCAACUGCUUACGUAAGAGAGCUGGGUGCAAAUCCUCCCUUUCAGAGGUGUCUUGUGCACAGCAGAUUUCCUGCUGUUACACAUGGUACAAUGACUGUGACAUCAGGAAGCUGGAUGGCAGAUAAGUGGAUGGUCCUUGCCAGGCACCUGUUACAAGGUACUUGGUGAGUGAGCCUUUGCCUUAGAGAGGUGGUUCCAGGACUGUCUCCUGUCAGGGGUGGGGCAGGUAGUAAUAACCCUACUUGGUAAAACCUACUUGAUUUUCCUUCUGGGAAGAAAGGCUGUUGCAGAGAAUCAGGGCCCCAGCAGUGAGUCCCUGCUCUGUCUUGGACAGAGUGAUGACUGGGGAGAAUGACUGGGCAACUGGUUUUUGUGGAUAAGGUUUGCAAUUCUGAGAUAUCUGCCCCUUCCUGCACAGAUCCUUCAAGCUGACCUUUUCUAUAGCAGAAGGCACCUUUAGCAGUAAAGCUUGCUAGCUUUUGUAACACAAAGUCUAUUCUCUAAUGAGUUCUUCUUAUUUGUAAGAUUCUUGUUCAGUUACAGAUGCCAAUGCUGAGCAGCAAGUAAAAAGGAGUCCAUUUUGGAUUUCCUUUUUUUGUUUUUGUCUGUUUUUAGCAAUGUCUUCCUAGUGGAAGAAAUGCACAUACAGAUAUAAAAGACUAGAGGGUGAAUAUUUCUGUAAUAAAGACUUUGCUAAAAAAUA